CUGGUUGUUGUGAAGCCAAUCAUCGCCCCCAGUCGGGCGUCAAUGGUUGAGCAGAGCAGUACCGACAGACAAUUGACCGGAAUGAAGCCAAUUGUGCCACUGCGGAAGCGAGGCCAAUCCUUUCGAGAGACCAAAAAGAUGGUCACCACUGUGGACGCCGACGGCCGACGGCAUCUCAAUCACACAUUCAUGGAGCAACUGGGCAAAGGCGCUUAUGGCGUUGUGUUUAAAGUGGAGAGUACCGACACAAAGGAGGUGUUUGCAGCGAAGUGCGUGGACAAGAAAGCUCUCAAACGCAUUCGCGUGGGCCGCUUUGGCAACGCGCUGCAAUCUGUCAAGAAAGAGCUCAAUAUCUGGAAGCGAUUCAAGCACCGACAUAUCGUUGUGUUACGUGAGGUCAUUGAUACCGAUGAUAGCGACGAGUUGUAUAUGAUCAGUGAAUUGGUGGACGGGGGGCCAGUACUCGACGAUGAUAUAGAGUGCACCCCACUAAACGCUGAGCUGACGAAAACGUACUUCACGCACUUGAUCGAGGGAAUCGACUUCCUACACGAAAAUAAGAUCAUACACCGUGAUAUCAAGCCGGGAAACUUGCUACUGAAGACGGUCGAUGAAAAUGAAGUUAUCCUCAAGAUUGCCGACUUCGGUGUUUCACAUGAAAUGGAAAACGAUAAUGAGUCCAUGCGGCAAACUGCCGGAACUGCGAUCUUCAUGGCACCGGAGAUGCUGACCGGUGAAAGUUUUCAGGGCAAACCAGUCGAUAUCUGGGCGUGCGGCGUUACACUGUACAUGUUUGUAUACGGACACCCACCCUUCGUCGCCCAAACCAUGACGGUUCUGUACGGGAAAAUUCAGAACGACUCCAUCGAGUACCCCACCACUGUUGGUGAUCGCGUAGUAGAAAGCGAGCUUAUCGACCUCAUGAAGCAUGUGCGU